AUGUCCCAGGCGAACUCGUUCCAACCGUGGAAACAAACCCUUCCCGUCGGAUUGCCCUCGAAUCUGGGCCCCGCGAUCUUUGGUGCUGGCGGCGGUGCAGUAGGCUAUGGAAAAGUACCACAACCACCGCCGACAUCAGCAACAGCAACUGCCCCGCCGUUGCAACCGUCGCCGUCGUCGUCUUCAUCUUCGUCGUCGUCCUCCGUAUCGCUAUUACCAGCGGCUGCUACGUCAUCGCACCUUCUGCAACCUGGAGCCAUGCAUGCGGAUGGUCGCCGUGAGCCGGCACCGAUCGGCGGCACGGGUGGCGCUGCGCUUGCCUUCUCCCCGUCGUCCCUGUCCAUGCACAACGGCGCGGGAAACGAUUUCCUCGCCCAAAUGGCCGUCAACAAGCUGAAGCUAGGCAAACUGAACACCAGCUACGAGCUGACGGCGGCUGUUGCAGCAUCCGCCGCGGACGAGGGGCUCGAGCUUGACCCAGGGGUGGCGGCUAUGCGGGCGAUGCUCACGGUGUCCGGCCAGAGUGCGCCGCUCGGGGACAAGGAACGAGAGCAACAGAUACAGCAAAUGUUUGAAAAAACUGUCAGUGACAACACCAAGAAACAGAUCCUAGAAAUAUUGGACAAAAUCUCCGUCCUGCGACCACCGGAACGAUUGCUGCUGUACCUUCGCAUGCCCGGUGGCUAUCCGGAAACAGAUCCGUUGCGGCAAUCGCAGAACCCCCUCGGGACGCGGCUUGAGAUCAACCAUACGAUCAACUGGGUUCGUUCGCAUCUGGAGCACGACCCUAAUGUGUCAAUUCCGAAGCAAGAAGUAUACGACGACUAUGUGGGGUACUGUGCCCGGAUCAACAUCAAGCCCCUGUCGACGGCGGAUUUCGGAAAGGUGAUGAAACAGGUGUUUCCCGGCAUUCGGCCACGGCGUCUAGGCACCCGCGGACAUUCCAGAUACUGCUACGCGGCUAUGCGCAAAGCGACGAAGCUGCCCAUACCGAAGCUGCCCGAUAUUACGGAUGCCGGUGGUGCGAGCGAGAAAAAUGGUGCCGAAAAUACCAACUUCGGCGACGAGGAAUCUUGGAAGGUGGUAAAACUGUGGGCCGAAGCAUUGCUGCCCGGGUCUUUCGGUUCGAUCAACGAGCUGGCCACGUUCAUCGCGAAGAACAACCUCAACACGCCAACCGGCGGCAACAGCCGGCAGCAGCUGCACAAGAAGAUUCUUCAGCGGGAGUUGAAGGAAAAACGAAAGCUUUCCGCGGUGGCGUUGAAAAAACGGCGCAAGAAACGCCGAAAGACCCUUUCGACGAGCAUUUGUGAAUCUGGGUCUUCGGAGCUCCGGAAUGGUGGGCAAGAAGAGGAAAAUAAUCCCCAGCAACCGUUCGGUGUCACAGGAGUAGUGCAACAAACGGAAACCGUAAGUACAAAGCAAACACCGACCGUUGUUCAGCAGCAGCAGCAGCAACAGCAACAGCAGCAAUUAGCGGCCAAGCAUCGCGAGCUGCUGCUCCAGCAGCACAUGAUUAAACGCGAGCAGCAAGAUUGUCUCGAUGAGGACAACAACAACACGACCAGUGGCGUUCUGGCCACUGCGAACAGCGCCAGUGGCAAGAUGCUGAUCCUGCAACGCCAGCAAAGUACAAAUCUCAACUGUGAUAACGCCAGCAACAACAGUGGCGCGUUUGAGUCGAUCAGUAAAGAGCUGGUGCUCAGUGCGACCAAUUUCACGCCGAGUGAUGCGGGUGUUCACGGUCAGCAGCUGCUGUCUCCCGCUAGUCACCCAUCACCGUCCCUGCAGCAACUACAGCCCCAGCAGCAACAGCAGCAACAGAUGAUCCAUCAGCGGCUCCUGGAAGCUGGAGGCAUGCGUAGCCCACAGGACCAGCACUUUCUCUCGAACAUUUACUGCAAAAAGGUACGCCAGGCGCAGCAACUAAAAGCCGUACAGCAGCAGCAGCAGCAGCAACUGCAACAAAAUCAGCAACAACCGCAACCACCACUGCAGCUUCAGCAGCAGCUGUUCUUUCCCAACCGUCCCCCUGGCGCAAAGCGUCAGUUGCCGGGCAACUUGGGCUAUGCCAGCAGACAGAAGCGCCUAAAGUUGCUGCAGGCCCGGCAGCAGCGUUCGCUCGAAUCGCAGAACAACAGUGCUCCACGGUACGAUGAGCAGGGCAAUUUGAUAUUGAUCGAAGCACCGCAAGAUCAGGGCCGGGACGAGUUCAUUAUACCACGCGAGCGGGUGAUCAGCAUUUGUAACAUGGACAAGAACGCCCUGGACGACUAUCUUAACUGCGAGGAAGAAAACUCGCAAGAUCAGGAUCAGGAGCUGUUAAAAUACUUCCCGGAGGAGGCAGGUCAACAGCCACCACCAAUGACCGGAAAUCAGCUCCCCUCCGGCGAGGUGAUGGAAGGUAGGAGCAGUGCUACCUCGAUGGAUACGGACAGUGCCAGCUACGGGCCCAUGUUUGAUGAUAGCGAACAGAAGCUUUUCCAGAUUCGGAUGAUUCUCGAAAAGAACCAGGCCACCCAGAACAACCGGAUGCAAAUGCAGCAACAGUUGCACCAAUCGAUGGAAGCCCAGCUGUCGGCGGGGGCCUCUUCUUCCGGUGCUGGUACUUACGAGCAUUCACAGUCUGGGAUGGGCUUACAGCCGGGCUCGGCGGCUGCCUCGCUCGCGAUGCUUUCUCAGCGUCACAAUACCCACGGAACAGCGGCCGGUGGCAUUUCGACCGAACAGUCGCCAGUAGGAAUGGUAAGAAGCAACGAGCGGGAACCAGGGAAGCAGAAAUUUGUUGGAACUCUCGAUCUUAAGCACUGCUCCAGUGGCCUCGAGGGAAACUACGAGCUCGGCGGCGGUAGUGGCAUCGGUGGACCGUCAAUGAGUCUCGGCGGAAGCAGUGGACAGACGUUGCAAAGCCCGACGACUCGGCGACGCAAUUGUAGUUUUGUUCCAAUUUCCCAGCCGGCUGCAAACAAGCAACAGCCACCGGCAAUGGGCACCGGAGGAGCAUCAAACGUUAACCAUACACCGAACGUGAGUCCGUUUGUUAGUCCUCGCAGCACACCGAUCCACCGGAAGGUUCCGAAGGGCGCUCCAAACGGCCACACGCUGCAGGACCAAAGCAAGUUCAAUCAUCAGUUACACCAACAGCAACUGCAUCACCAGCAGCUGCAGGGUGGCAGCGGCUACAACCAUCAUCCUCAUCAUCAACAUCAACUCCAACAUCAGCAGCAGCAACCGCAACAGUACUCUUCCGUUCGCACGUUGGGGGGCUACAUCAAGAAUGAACUUCCCGCGUCGGCUCCUCCGUCUCCGUCGAUGAUGCAACCGUUUCGGUUCGGUUCUACGCUCGGGGGGCUGAACUGUGCCGGUGGAGGCGGCCUUCCGUCGCAGCAACCGACCGCAUUCCAGCCGAUCUGUGGACCCCAGAUGGUCGGCAGCGGUGGUGGCCCCGGCAGUAUGCCGAUGGCGCUCGAAUCACGCUCGAGCAGCGUGCCGUUGCUGCAGAACUACGAGAGCUACUGCAACUCCAACUACAAUUCCGUCUCGCAGACGCCGGUCCCGUCGGAGUACGACGACUUCACUGACACCGGCAUUCUCGACAUGCUGAACGAACAAUCGGCCCAGUUGUCGGCGGCGAUCAAGAUCGAAGAAUCGGAACUGACGCUUCCCGAUCUGCUCGAUCAGCAGGCGCAACAGGAGCAGGAAGCUGGUGGAGAAGGUGGAGCAGCAACAGGAGGCGGUAUGUUUAACAUCAUUUCUCGGUCGGUCCCCUCGACCCCUUUGCCGCUGUUGGGCGGAUUCUCUGGAGGAGGUGGCAGCAGUGCGGCGGGACUAGCAUCGGCAGAGACCGCCUGCUUGGGUGGCACCGAAACCGGAAGUGGGUUCGUUUCGAGCAGGAGGUCACUUUUUGAGUACCCGAAAUCCGUCCCUUCGACACCGAUCACAGUCGGCGACGGCGGUUGCCACGAGACUUCAAUUUUUCAGUACAGUCCCGAAACGUCACGCGAUUUUCUCAUAAAUGGCAACUCCGUCGAUCGAAGCAAAGCUUCGUCCGCUGGUGCUUCCACCUUCUACGGCAGUGUGGGUGCGGAUGCUGGAUCUGCGACUGCCGGUGUCGGCGAUGGGAGCCUGGGCAUGCCGAGCGGCAGCACUGGCCGAGACGUAAAUGGAAACGUGGCGAACGAGUUGGCGGCACUGCAGGCUGGCAGCGGCGGCGGUGGCGGUGGCGGUGGCGGUGCUUGCUCGGUGCACGAUGCAACCGGUGGUCCAUCGGACGAACCACCGUCGGCUGAAAUGGCCAAUCUGACCGACGGCAUCGAGGGACUGUCGACCGAUCUCGACGCCGUGACCGACUCGAUGAUGGACUCGGACAUCCUGCAAAAUCUGUAA